CUCUCCUCCUUUCUCCCCUCAAUAUCUCCCUCUAUAACUCAUUCACUCUCUGCUCGUUGUCUAUCUUUCUACUGGCAACUAAAAACCUUUUACUACUGUCAACUCAAUAUACUGCCAUUUGUCAGUAACCACCACCCACCGAAACACACCGAAUGCUAUCCGCAGCACCAUCCCAGAAUCACUUCUCUUCCCCUUUCAAUCCCGCUUCGUACAACUACUACUACCCUCCAUCGUCAUCUCAAAAACUGCCAAAAUCACCAGAGAACAUAGACUCGAGCUCGAGAGACUCGGUUCGCAACUCAAUGACAAGGACGCGCUCUCAGGUAAAGCGCACGCCAUCAAGCACUGGCGCGUCCUCGUCUAUCUCUCGCGUCUCUUCAAGGGCUCAGCGCACGCCGGAUGCCCCCCUACCGACACCGGCAAACUCUCAGUCCCAGUCUCAAUCACAACCAAGCCAUCCGAUAGCUCCUGCAGAGGCAAUUCGAAUGAGCGAGGACGCGGCAGCACGGCUGCCUCAACCCCGCCCUCCGAUCACCGCCUCAUCGUCAAACACACCCCCGCCAUCUUCUGAAUGUCCCCGUUUGGACAUUGCCAAAUUUCCUUCUGUCGAUCUCAUGAAGCUCCUUGCCGCCCUACUCAGUCAGAUAUCUACUGCCAACGAUGCUCUUCGCGCGUCGUCUCCCUUUCCCUCGCCCCCUGCCUCUCGUUCUCCGCCUAUAGCACGGUCAUCUAGACAUACCUCACCCCCGUCUUCCUCGCAACUUCGUUCGCGACCCGUCACGCAGGGAUCCAUGGUAACCUCACCGACGACAAGCGAGGCCUCGUACUUGAGUUCAGCCGCUCGUUCCAAAUUGAGCCCGUCUUCUCUACUCACUUUCCAUGCACGUAACGUGCCAGCCAUAACCAUCGAAGCGUAUCUGCUGCGUAUCUUGAAGUAUUGUCCGGCACCAAACGAUGUAUUCUUGUCGCUCCUUGUCUACUUCGAUCGGAUGAGCAAGCUUGCACUAGACUUGACCGGAAAAGCCUUCGCGAUAGACAGCUACAAUGUGCAUCGAUUGAUCAUCGCCGGAGUCACUGUUGCAAGCAAGUUUUGGAGUGAUGUGUUUUACACAAACUCUCGUUAUGCAAAGGUUGGUGGCUUACCUCAAGCCGAACUUAACCAACUCGAGCUGCAUUUUUUACUGCUCAAUGAUUUCCACCUGCAUAUAGCCAUAGAAGAAAUGCAGAGUUACGGCGACCGACUCGUGCACUAUUCGACGAACCGCCAGCGGCUACAAAACGCUCACACACUGGCGUCACUCUUGCCGCCUACCCCUCCGGACGCACUCCAAUCACAGGAGCCAAAAGAGCAAGUUCGUGAGUACAACUUGGUGGAGCAUUCGGCGCCGGAAGGAAUGGAUGCAGAAAGAAUGGAUGUUGAUGAGCAUGAGGAGGACGAACCAGAGGACGACGAGCCGGAGGAAGAUGGAGAAGAGACUGUACGACUGCAUUCCUCCAGUGCGUCUGAAGCCUCGACUGCUACGGGCACGCCGGUAUACGAUAUCCGGGACCAUGCAAGGAUCGCUGAUAGGGGACAAUAACGGACACUGAAUGCCAUGGUACAUAAUGGUACAUUAUAUCUCCUUCGAGCGCUGCUUGAUGCACCUCGCUAGUCGUUUUCCUCUUCCUCUCUCUCGUCACUCAUCUUCUGUCUCUGUCUUGUUGGGCUCCGUGUGUUCCCUCUUCUGCGCAUCGCAUGCCUGUACAGCACGCAUCCCCCUCCGCACAUAAUACUUUCUCCUGCAAAACGGAAUCGGCUAGAU